CCUCCAACUUUACCAUGGUUUAUAAAUACCGAUGGCCACCUCGUUCUAUUAUCUCCCAAACAAGCCAGCUCAAUCAAUCAUCGAGCUAGCUGAGCUAGCUAAGUGCCAUAUUGCACGUACUCGUUGUCUGUCCGAUCAUCCUUUUUUUUUUCUUGUGGGGGUCUGUCCGAUCAUCCUUGCGUGGCUAGGCAGGUAGAGUAGCUACCUGCUCGGCUGCUCGCGUUCCAGCCAGGGUCCGGGCUUCGGAUAUCCUCGGAGUCCGACACCAAAUCAAUGGCGUACCAGGGCAUCGACCUUCUCUCGACGAAAGCCGCAGGCGAUGACCACGGCGAGAAUUCAUCGUACUUCGACGGGUGGAAGGCCUACGACACGAACCCGUUCGACCUGCGGCACAAUCGCGGGGGUGUCAUCCAGAUGGGUCUCGCCGAGAACCAGCUUUCUCUGGACCUGAUCGAGGAAUGGAGCAAGAACCACCCCGAGGCAUCCAUUUGCACACCGGAGGGCGUCUCGCAGUUCAAGAGGAUCGCCAAUUUCCAGGAUUACCACGGCCUCCCGGAGUUCAGAAAGGCGAUGGCCCAGUUUAUGGGGCAGGUGAGGGGAGGCAAGGCAACGUUUGACCCCGACCGUGUCGUCAUGAGCGGCGGCGCCACCGGCGCCCAGGAGACGCUCGCCUUCUGCCUCGCCAACCCCGGCGAGGCCUUCCUCGUGCCCACGCCAUACUACCCAGCUUUCGACCGCGACUGUUGCUGGAGGUCAGGAAUAAAGCUGCUGCCGAUCGAGUGCCACAGCUUCAACGACUUCAGGCUCACCAAGGAGGCCCUCGUGUCGGCGUACGACGGCGCACGGAGGCAGGGCAUCUCCGUCAAGGGGAUCCUCAUCACCAACCCGUCCAACCCGCUCGGCACCAUCACCGACCGCGACACGCUGGCCAUGCUCGCCACCUUCGCCACCGAGCACCGCGUCCACCUCGUCUGCGACGAGAUCUACGCGGGGUCGGUGUUCGCCACGCCGGAGUACGUGAGCAUCGCCGAGGUCAUCGAGCGCGACGUGCCGUGGUGCAACAGGGACCUGAUCCACGUCGUGUACAGCCUCUCCAAGGACUUCGGCCUCCCCGGCUUCCGCGUCGGCAUCAUCUACUCGUACAACGACGCCGUCGUGGCGGCCGCGCGCAGGAUGUCCAGCUUCGGGCUCGUCUCGUCGCAGACGCAGUACUUCCUCGCCAGGAUGCUCUCGGACGAGGAGUUCAUCGGCCGCUUCCUCCAGGAGAGCAAGUGUCGGCUGGUGGCGCGGCACGAGCGGUUCACCUCUGGCCUCCGCGAGGUCGGGAUCGGCUGCCUGCGCGGCAACGCCGGGCUGUUCUCGUGGAUGGACCUGCGCCGCAUGCUCCGGGAGAAGACGGCCGAGGCGGAGCUGGAGCUGUGGCGGGUGAUCGUACACCAGGUGAAGCUGAACGUGUCGCCCGGCACGUCGUUCCACUGCCGCGAGCCCGGGUGGUUCCGCGUCUGCCACGCCAACAUGGACGACGAGACCAUGGAGGUCGCGCUCGGCCGGAUCCACGACUUCGUGCGCCAGCACCAGCAGCGCAGGGUCAAGGCCGAGCGCUGGGCCGCCAAUAGGCAGCUCCGCCUCAGCCUGCCGCACCACCACCACCUCAGCCCAGCCCAUCUCUCCAGUCCAUUGGCGCUCCUGUCGCCGCAGUCCCCGAUGGUUCGCGCCACCAGCUGAUUAAGCCAGCAGUGCACUUGCUCUGCUAAUGCUGCGCCUUACUACGUCGACUACAUUUUCAUAACCAUUUUUUUCUCGAUCGCAUCGUCGCACGGCGGCACGGGGCCGUAUGGUGUUCUUUCCGAUGCAGGUACGUGUGAUCGUUUGUGGAAACUAGGCUACACGUGCACGGCACCGUACAUGUAGCUUGGCUUUUUUGUAGAGACGUGCGUUAGUGCGUACAGGCGUCGCCGCGUCGGGUGUACAUAGGUAAUUUUAGUAGCGUGUGUAACAGGGGUAUCGGAGAUUCGGAGUCCUCGAUUCUUUUGUGUAUGGUUUGGUUAAUUCAGAUGGCAAGGAAUAAUGAUCGGAUUAAGGCGUUAAGCCCCCCGAUCGGCUCUUGUAAACUGUAAAGUGUAAACACGUUACACUUACAAUAAGGCUUAGGAUUGAAUCGAUCCGGAUAUAUUGAAUCUGUAUAGCAGGUCUUCAACGUGCAUCUUGCAUGUGGACUUGUUCAUACGAAUUUGAGUGCUUUAA